AUGCUGCUGCUUCAGGAGAUUGCUCUGCCUCCUCUGACCCUCACAUAUCCCAGAAGUCUUUGCUCCGGCGUGGGUCGAGGUCCCAGAGGAACAGAGGGAGGAGGUCAGCAUGGGAGGUCCCAGAGGAGCAGAGGAAGGUCAGCAUGGGAGGUCCCAGAGGAGCAGAGGGAGGCGGUCAGCGAGGUCCCAGAGGAGCAGAGGGAGGAGGUCAGCGAGGUCCCAGAGGAGCAGAGGGAGGCGGUCAGCGAGGUCCCAGGGAGCAGAGGGAGGAGGUCAGCAUGGGAGGUCCCAGAGGAGCAGAGGAAGGUCAGCAUGGGAGGUCCCAGAGGAGCAGAGGGAGGAGGUCAGCGUGGUUCCAGAGGAGCAGAGGGAGGAGGUCAGCAUGGGAGGUCCCAGAGGAGCAGAGGGAGGCGGUCAGCGAGGUCCCAGAGGAGCAGAGGGAGGAGGUCAGCAUGGGAGGUCCCAGAGGAGCAGAGGGAGGCGGUCAGCGAGGUCCCAGAGGAGCAGAGGGAGGAGGUCAGCGUGGUCCCAGAGGAGCAGAGAGACCUCCCUCUGGGCCCCCAAUGGAAGUUACUAUUGUGUUGUGCAGUUUCAUGCCUGCCCCAGUCCCUGUACUCUCCCUCACAGUCCCUGUACUCUCCCUCACAGUCCCUGUGCUCUCCCUCACAGCCCUGUGCUCUCCCUCACAGCCCUGUGCUCUCCCUCACAGUCCCUGUGCUCUCCCUCACAGUCCCUGUGCUCUCACUCACAGUCCCUGUACUCUCCCUCACAGCCCUGUGCUCUCCCUCACAGUCCCUGUGCUCUCCCUCACAGUUCCUGUGCUCUCCCUCACAGUCCCUGUGUUCUCACUCACAGCCCUGUGCUCUCCCUCACAGUCCCUGUGCUCUCCCUCACAGCCCUGUGCUUUCCCUCACAGUCCCUGUGCUCUCACUCACAGUCCCUGUACUCUCACUCACAGCCCUGUGCUCUCCCUCACAGUCCCUGUGUUCUCACUCACAGUCCCUGUGCUCUCCCUCACAGUCCCUGUGCUCUCACUCACAGUCCCUGUACUCUCACUCACAGCCCUGUGCUCUCCCUCACAGUCCCUGUGCUCUCCCUCACAGUCCCUGUGCUCUCCCUCACAGCCCUGUGCUCUCCCUCACAGUCCCUGUACUCUCCCUCACAGUCCCUGUGCUCUCCCUCACAGUCCCUGUGUUCUCACUCACAGUCCCUGUGCUCUCACUCACAGCCCUGUGCUCUCCCUCACAGUCCCUGUGCUCUCACUCACAGUCCCUGUGCUCUCCCUCACAGUCCCUGUGUUCUCACUCACAGUCCCUGUGCUCUCCCUCACAGUCCCUGUGUUCUCACUCACAGUCCCUGUGCUCUCACUCACAGUCCCUGUACUCUCCCUCACAGUCCCUGUGUUCUCACUCACAGUCCCUGUGCUCUCCCUCACAGUCCCUGUACUCUCCCUCACAGUCCUGUGCUCUCCCUCACAGCCCUGUGCUCUCCCUCACAGUCCUGUGCUCUCCCUCACAGCCCUGUGCUCUCUCUCACAGCCCUGUGCUCUCCCUCACAGUCCCUGUGCUCUCCCUCACAGUCCCUGUGCUCUCCCUCACAGUCCCUGUGCUCUCACUCACAGUCCCUGUGCUCUCCCUCACAGCCCUGUGCUCUCCCUCACAGUCCUGUGCUCUCCCUCACAGCCCUGUGCUCUCUCUCACAGCCCUGUGCUCUCCCUCACAGUCCCUGUGCUCUCCCUCACAGUCCCUGUGCUCUCCCUCACAGUCCCUGUGCUCUCUCUCACAGCCCUGUGCUCUCCCUCACAGUCCCUGUGCUCUCCCUCACAGUCCCUGUGCUCUCUCUCACAGCCCUGUGCUCUCCCUCACAGUCCCUGUGCUCUCCCUCACAGCCCUGUACUCUCUCUCACAGCCCUGUGCUCUCCCUCACAGUCCCUGUGCUCUCCCUCACAGUCCCUGUGCUCUCCCUCACAGUCCCUGUGCUCUCCCUCACAGCCCUGUGCUCUCCCUCACAGCCCUGUGCUCUCCCUCACAGUCCCUGUGUUCUCACUCACAGUCCCUGUGCUCUCCCUCACAGUCCCUGUACUCUCCCUCACAGCCCUGUACUCUCUCUCACAGCCCUGUGCUCUCCCUCACAGUCCCUGUGCUCUCCCUCACAGUCCCUGUGCUCUCCCUCACAGUCCCUGUGCUCUCACUCACAGCCCUGUGCUCUCCCUCACAGUCCCUGUGCUCUCCCUCACAGCCCUGUGCUCUCCCUCACAGUCCCUGUGCUCUCCCUCACAGUCCCUGUGCUCUCACUCACAGCCCUGUGCUCUCCCUCACAGCCCUGUGCUCUCCCUCACAGUCCCUGUGCUCUCCCUCACAGCCCUGUGCUCUCCCUCACAGCCCUUUGCUCUCCCUCACAGUCCCUGUGCUCUCCCUCACAGUCCCUGUGCUCUCACUCACAGCCCUGUGCUCUCCCUCACAGUCCCUGUGCUCUCACUCACAGUCCCUUUGCUCUCACUCACAGCCCUGUGCUCUCCCUCACAGUCCCUGUGCUCUCACUCACAGCCCUGUGCUCUCCCUCACAGUCCCUGUGCUCUCACUCACAGUCCCUGUGCUCUCCCUCACAGUCCCUGUACUCUCCCUCACAGCCCUGUGCUCUCCCUCACAGUCCCUGUGCUCUCACUCACAGUCCCUGUGCUCUCCCUCACAGUCCUGUGCUCUCACUCACAGUCCCUGUGCUCUCCCUCACAGUCCCUGUGCUCUCACUCACAGUCCCUGUGCUCUCCCUCACAGUCCCUGUACUCUCCCUCACAGCCCUGUGCUCUCCCUCACAGUCCCUGUGCUCUCACUCACAGUCCCUGUGCUCUCCCUCACAGUCCUGUGCUCUCACUCACAGUCCCUGUGCUCUCCCUCACAGCCCUGUGCUCUCACUCACGGCCCUGUGCUCUCCCUCACAGUCCCUGUGCUCUCCCUCACAGUCCCUGUGCUCUCAGGGCCCCUCCUGUGUCAGUGUGUCAGAUUUACAGAACCUGACAGAGAACCUGACAGAGAACCUGCAGAGAACCUGACAGAGAACCUGACACAGAACCUGACAGAGAACCUGACAGAGAACCUGACAGAGAACCUGACACAGAACCUGACAGAGAACCUGACAGAGAACCUGACAGAGAACCUGACAGAGAACCUGACAGAGAACCUGACAGAGAACCUGACACAGAACCUGACAGAGAACCUGACAGAGAACCUGACAGAGAACCUGACAGAGAACCUGAGUGAGAACCUGACACAGAACCUGACAGAGAACCUGACUGAGAACCUGACAGAGAACCUGACAGAGAACCUGACAGAGAACCUUACAGAGAACCUGACAACGAACCUGACGGAGAACCUGACGGAGAACCUGACGGAGAACCUGACAGAGAACCUGACAGAGAACCUGACAGAGAACCUGACAGAGAACCUGACUGAGAACCUGACACAGAACCUGACAGAGAACCUGACAGAGAACCUGACAGAGAACCUGACAGAGAACCUGACAGAGAACCUGACAACGAACCUGACAGAGAACCUGACAGAGAACCUGACAGAGAACCUGACAGAGAACCUGACAGAGAACCUGACAACGAACCUGACAGAGAACCUGACAGAGAACCUGACAGAGAACCUGACAGAGAACCUGACAACGAACCUGACAGAGAACCUGACAGAGAACCUGACAGAGAACCUGACACAGAACCUGACACAGAACCUGACACAGAACCUGACAGAGAACCUGACAGAGAACCUGACAGAGAACCUGACAGAGAACCUGACAGAGAACCUGACAACGAACCUGACAGAGAACCUGACAGAGAACCUGACAGAGAACCUGACAGAGAACCUGACAGAGAACCUGACAGAGAACCUGACAGAGAACCUGACAACGAACCUGACAGAGAACCUGACAGAGAACCUGACAGAGAACCUGACAGAGAACCUGACACAGAACCUGACACAGAACCUGACAGAGAACCUGACAGAGAACCUGACACAGAACCUGACACAGAACCUGACAGAGAACCUGACAGAGAACCUGACACAGAACCUGACACAGAACCUGACAGAGAACCUGACAGAGAACCUGACAGAGAACCUGACAGAGAACCUGACACAGAACCUGACAGAGAACCUGACAGAGAACCUGACAGAGAACCUGACACAGAACCUGACACAGAACCUGACACAGAACCUGACACAGAACCUGACAGAGAACCUGACAGAGAACCUGACAGAGAACCUGACACAGAACCUGACAGAGAACCUGACAGAGAACCUGACAGAGAACCUGACAGAGAACCUGAGUGAGAACCUGACACAGAACCUGACAGAGAACCUGACUGAGAACCUGACAGAGAACCUGACAGAGAACCUGACAGAGAACCUUACAGAGAACCUGACAACGAACCUGACGGAGAACCUGACGGAGAACCUGACGGAGAACCUGACAGAGAACCUGACAGAGAACCUGACAGAGAACCUGACAGAGAACCUGACUGAGAACCUGACACAGAACCUGACAGAGAACCUGACAGAGAACCUGACAGAGAACCUGACAACGAACCUGACAGAGAACCUGACAGAGAACCUGACAGAGAACCUGACAGAGAACCUGACAGAGAACCUGACAGAGAACCUGACAGAGAACCUGACAGAGAACCUGACAGAGAACCUGACAACGAACCUGACAGAGAACCUGACAGAGAACCUGACAGAGAACCUGACAGAGAACCUGACAGAGAACCUGACAACGAACCUGACAACGAACCUGACAGAGAACCUGACAGAGAACCUGACAGAGAACCUGACACAGAACUUGACACAGAACCUGACAGAGAACCUGACAGAGAACCUGACAGAGAACCUGACAGAGAACCUGACAGAGAACCUGACAGAGAACCUGACAGAGAACCUGACAGAGAACCUGACAGAGAACCUGACAGAGAACCUGACAACGAACCUGACAGAGAACCUGACAGAGAACCUGACAGAGAACCUGACAGAGAACCUGACAGAGAACCUGACACAGAACCUGACAGAGAACCUGACAGAGAACCUGACAGAGAACCUGACACAGAACCUGACACAGAACCUGACACAGAACCUGACAGAGAACCUGACAGAGAACCUGACACAGACCCUGACACAGAACCUGACAGAGAACCUGACAGAGAACCUGACAGAGAACCUGACAGAGAACCUGACACAGAACCUGACAGAGAACCUGACAGAGAACCUGACAGAGAACCUGACACAGAACCUGACACAGAACCUGACACAGAACCUGACACAGAACCUGACAGAGAACCUGACAGAGAACCUGACAGAGAACCUGACACAGAACCUGACAGAGAACCUGACUGAGAACCUGACAGAGAACCUGACAGAGAACCAGACAGAGAACCUGACAACGAACCUGACAGAGAACCUGACAGAGAACCUGACACAGAACCUGACACAGAACCUGACAGAGAACCUGACAGAGAACCUGACACAGAACCUGACACAGAACCUGACACAGAACCUGACAGAGAACCUGACAGAGAACCUGACAGAGAACCUGACAGAGAACCUGACAGAGAACCUGACAGAGAACCUGACACAGUACCUGACAGAGAACCUGACAGAGAACCUGACAGAGAACCUGACAGAGAACCUGCAGAGAACCUGCAGAGAACCUGACAGAGAACCUGACAGAGAACCUGACAGAGAACCUGACAGAGAACCUGACAGAGAACCUGACAGAGAACCUGACAGAGAACCUACAGAGAACCUGACAGAGAACCUACAGAGAACCUGA